UCUUGCGCGCCUGUGACGGGAUGGUCGAGGUAGAUGCACCGGCGAUGCCAGACGUGGCGAUGACCAAGGCGCAGAAGAAGAAGAACCGCAAGAAGGCCAAGAAGAAGGACGACGAGUCGGCGCAGGACGCGCCCGAGGCCCCCGAGCCAGCGACCGAGCCGCCGGUCUACCGCAUGGAGCGACCCGCCGUGUCUGAGCUCCGCGUGCCAACGGCGAAGGAGGCUCCGAUUCCGUCGCCGGCGCAGCAAAAGGACAUUGUCCACAGCCUCAUGCUGCAGUCCAAGCAACAUGGCAUGAAGGUCGGCGAGAAGUUCUUUGUCGUCAACUACAAGUGGUGGGAGUGCUGGUGCGACUAUGUCGGCUACCUAGUAGCCAAGGGCGGUGCUUCGCGGCCGCUUCCGUCGUCCAAGCCGCCAACUAUCAGCAACAGCUCGCUCCUCGAUCCUGCGUGCGACCAGAUGGACCACGUCGUCGGCUCGGCGCUCCUGCCCGGUCUCGUCGAGCACAGCGAUUACUUUCUCGUUCCGUCCGAGGUCUGGUCUGCUCUGACCGUCUGGUACGCGGGUGGCCCGCCCAUCUGCCGCUUCGUCGUCGGCGUCGGCGAGCCGUCGUCGCCGCAGUACUUUACGCGCGUCGAAGUCUACCCCGAGACGGCCGGUGACAGUGACGUCGAGAUGGACGUCGAGUCGUCGUCGUCGCCGCCAACACCGACGCCGACGUCCAAGUGCACUGUGUGUGGCCGACCGAGCCGCAAUCGUUGUGCUGUCUGCAAGACGCCGUACUACUGCUCCAAGCAGUGUCAGAGCGCGCACUGGAAAUACCACAAGAGCGUCUGCCGCGUCAUCAAAGGUGGCGGGUCGAUCUCGGCCGUCGAGACUCACGGCCGGCGCGGCCAAACCGGCCUCCGCAACCUCGGCAACACGUGCUUCAUGAACGCGGCGCUGCAGUGCCUGAGCCACACGCCCGUGCUCACGGCGCACUUUCUCACGAAUUUGUACCAAGCGGACCUCAACACGGACAACGUCCUGGGCACGGGAGGGCAGCUCGCAACCGAGUACGCGGUGUUGCUCAAGGACCUUUGGUUUGGCGCGGCUUCGAGCGUGACCCCGGCGGCGCUCAAGCGAUCGCUCGCGCGCUACGCACCGCAGUUUUCGGGCUACCAGCAGCACGAUGCGCAAGAGCUACUGGCGUACCUCCUCGACGGUCUCCACGAAGACGUCAACCGGAUCCAGAAGAAGCCGUACAUUGAGAUCCAAGAGUCGAACGGUUCGCAGCCGGACGCAGUGAUUAGCGACCAAGCGUGGCACAACCACUGCCUCCGCAACCAAAGCAUCUUUGUCGAGCAGCUCCAAGGCCAGUUCAAGAGCACGGUCGUCUGUCCGACGUGCGACCGCAUCUCGAUCACGUUUGACCCGUUCAACGUCAUCCAGCUCGAGCUGCCGACCGACGCCAACCGGCACUUCGACGUGCUCAGCGUGCCCUUCUUUACCAAGGCCUCGUAUGCGGAAGAGAGUCGUGAGCAUUUGGGGCCGACGCACUACCGGCCCAGUGUCCCCAAGCGCGGCACAGUCGCCCAGCUCAAGAAAGCGCUCGCGGGCAUGGGCUGCACCAAGACGCAGCAUGUGCUCUGCGACGUCUUCCAGUCGAUGGUCUACCGCGUGCUGCAGGACGCCGAGCGCGUCGCUCGCAUCCGGUCGGACGACCGCUUGGUGUGCUACGACGUGCCCCUCGGCUCGGCCGUCGUGUUUUGCUACCACCGCAAGGCGUCCGGGCAGCUCUUUGGGGACCCGAUCUUGCUCUCGUACACGGCGGCGACGACCUGCGAAGAACUGGUCCGCAACCUGACGUACCAAGUGUGGCCUUUGGUCGCCCCGGCCGUCCUGCAGGUCCCAGAGGGCAAGAAGGCGCACGUGGAGCUGCUCAAGCUCCUCGCCAAGCACGUGUACCUCGCCAACCAAGAUGGCGCCAACGUGCCCGGUGCUGUCUCGCUCGAUGACUGGAGCGCGUUCUUGCCAAGUGCAAGUGUCGCGUCCUUGGGCCUGGGCGACUGCGCGUACUUUGGCAUCGACUGGACCGACGAUCUAGUCUACCAAGAGCCCGAGAUGGACGUGCACGCGUCGGCGCAGCUCGCCAAGGUGGCCAAGGCCGAUGGCAUCUCGCUCGACAGUUGCUUCAAGAAGUUUACGAGCCCGGAAGAGCUCGACGAGGACAACUUGUGGUACUGCAGCCAGUGCAAGGAGCACCGCCAGGCGACCAAGACGAUGCAGCUAUACAAACUGCCCAACAUCCUCAUCCUCUCCCUCAAGCGGUUCGAGUACCGGAACGAAGUGGUGCGGGAAAAGCUCGAUAUUAUGGUCGACUUUCCGCUCGAAGGGCUCGACAUGGGCCCGUACUGUCUGUCGGCACAGGACGGCAUGGUCUACGACCUGUACGCGGUCACCAACCACUACGGUUCGAUGGGCUUUGGUCACUACACGGCGUACGCCAAAGAUUCCGAGCACAAUUUGUGGUAUACGUUUGACGACAGCAGCGUCACGCCUGUCAGCGCGUCGCAAACCGUCUCGAACGCCGCGUACAUUUUGUUUUACAAGCGCCGCGAGCUCUAAGACGCCGCGUAACUCACUGCAUGCUUAGAUGCUUUUGC